AUGGGAACUCAUUUGGCGGCAACUUCCUGGACACCACAACGGACAAUGACGGCCCAAAGCGAAUUCUGCAAAGAGUGCAGUUCACCACUGCCGUCAACAAGGGUCAAAAGCCAGGCUGGCGGAAGCGAAAGGAAGGCAAGCUGGCCCAAGACAUCUCAAGACCAAACUAUGUUGACGUUUCUUUUUCCGCAGAAGGCAACAACAGUUUUCUUCUUUUUAAAUCCUCCCGGCCCUGCAGAUGCAUUCGCUUCAAUCAACCAGGGCCAGGGUUUUGCUGCAAAAGCACCCUUUGAGCAGUUGGCCGAGAAGCAACUCCGGCUGCCACGUGCAGAUGAGAUGCGGCAAACGAUGUAUGGCCGAGCUCCUGUGACUCGUAGCAUGGAAGAGCUUCCCCAGCUACCCAAGCUCUCCACGGAAGGAGUGGGUUUGCAACGAGGCUUGCCCAUGCAACAUCUACCCAGAGGUAAGAAGAAGCUGAAGUCAGUGUCAGCAGACACCAGAUAUGCAAAGCGCGGAUUGGGACGCGGUGGUCCUCUCUUUUGGCCGGAGAAUUCAUUCUGCAUGACAAUGACAAAUUUGUAUGGUCUUUCGUAG